GAAAGAAGACACUCAAACAUUCCCCGAGGAAAUUAUUGUCACCAACAGGAAUGUUGGAGUUGGCCAAACUAAAAGAACAGACCAAGAUGGAUCGACAGAAGAUUGAACACCUCGAGGACCGCAUUAAAUACCUGGAAGAGGUCAACAGUGAGCUAAAAAACGACAAGGAAUUCCUGCUUUCACAAAUGAAGGGAGCCCCCAGUGCACCUGCAUCUACUGGAAAGUCAGGUUUCAGAAAGACUGCUCACAUUCCUUCUUCAUCUUCACCUUCAAUGUCUCCAUCCCCCUCCUCUUCAUCCUCAGACUUCAGCUCCUCAUCAUCCUCAGAAGAGGAGCAGCAGAAGAAGAAAAAGAAAAAGUCAAAAAAAAUACACUGACUCACACAGCCGUUCACGAAGUAA